AAAGAUAUGGAGAGUGAAAGCAAACAAGUUAUGCAGAAGCAGAAGGUCGAGGUCUUUGAUAUCCUAAAGGAAACUGUUAGAAUGUUUCUCAAGAACCACAACUUCAUCAUGUUCACCAUCCUCACUUCGCUUCCACUCUUCUGUUUGACGUUCUACUUUGAAACUUCCCUCCAAGAAACUCUGGCUGAAACCUCAGAAAUUCUCAAUGGACCACCUGCUUACUUGCGUUAUUAUCAUCAGUAUUCAUCUACAGACUCUAUCAUUGGAAGAUUCAGCAAAAAUUAUGUGCUCAAGUUGGUUCAACUUGGAUUGAUCUACUUGGUGCCUCUCCAUCUCCUAGAUCUCUGCUCUGCAAUUGUUACUAUUGAUUUGGCAUCAAUGCUACGUUCAGGAGAGAAGAAAAUGACUCUCAAGGACAUGUUUCAAAAAUCCUUUGACAUGUCCAACUUGAGAGGCACAUUUGUCACUUCUAUAUUUGUGCAAUUCUUGACAAACUGUCAUCUGCUUGGAUUACUAUAUAUAGUCAUCAACUACUUCGUUGUGUUGAGAUAUUUCAGAUUCUAUGGGCUAUUUGCAGUAGUUUGCAGUCUGGGUUUUGCAAAACUGUUAAGAAAGUAUUUAGAAUGGAGUGCUAUGUGGAACAUGAGCAUUGUAAUCUCAAUAUUGGAAGGGAUGCAUGGGAUUGAUGCAUUAGUACUUUCUGGGUAUUUCAACAGAGGCUGUCAGAGAAGAGGGCUAUUUCUGAUGCUUCCUUUCUUUGCUUGGGGACACCUUCUGAGGAUUCCAUGCCUCCAUAUAGGAUGCUACAAAAGUGGGAAUGGAAUCAUAGUACAGGCUGGCUUGUUCUGUGUGGUAAAUCUGCUGAAAUGGGUGGCCUGUAUGAUCUACUUCUAUGACUGCAAGGAGAGGAACUUGAAGAAGGUGGUUGAUGAGGAAUUGGGCAAAGAUAUUGCAGUUGUUCAUGAAUGACAGAGCUCAUUGCUGGCCAACAUGUUCAGAUAAGAACAAGGAUUAGGCUACUGGCAAUUACUCUCAUCUAGUCUUGUAUAAUGAGAGUAAUGAGUUAUACCUUUUUUCUUUUUUCCUCUUUUGUUUUGGCAAUGAGUAAUCAGUCAUGUUAUCUCUAUUGUUAUAAAUAAGCUGCAAAAGCUUUAUCAAUAAUCUCCGUUUUUCCUUAACACUAAAGGAGG